AUGGUGAAAAGUAAAAAAGACUUUCAAAAGGUUCGAGUUAAAGUUGGACGGAAAUUAAAAUGCCGAAACGAGACAGUAAUCAAUUUGCAGAAGAAGAGAAUAAUCCUUCCUAAAGAACGUGAAAUUUGCAAGAUACAAGGGGAUGAAACUAGUGUUCGAAUCUUUGAAAGUUCUAUUCAUUCACUAAAUAUUGAGGAUAGUGCUCUUCGCCAGUCCGCUUUACGUGCUCUCAAUCGUCUCUUGGAUCCACUGGCAAAAGGAAUAACCACAAUUCCAUUUUUAGAUAAAAACGUUUUAUCUCUAUCCAGCAACUUUAUAUCAAAAGUAGUCGAUGAACAUCAGAAACUGUUGGGUUCUUCUGUAAAUACAGGGUGUGAUAUUCAAAUAGGAAACUUAAUAUUCGUACUUGGGCGAUUUUGUAGACGAGUUGAUGACCCUCGCUUCUGCGAUGAGAUUUGUCAGCUGUUCGUUAAGAUUGUACAAAUAGCGUAUACUCACCCAAAGAUAUCAGAUAUAAUAUUCGAAUUGGAUCAGGUUGUUCUUAAUCUGUUACACAGAAGUGAACUAGUUUGGAAAUUUCUCGGAUGCCACCUCUCUGCUUAUACAUUUGGUCUACAUUGUAGGUUAACAACGACUAUGAGCAUAUUGUAUCAACCAUCCAACCGAACAAAAUCAGUUUAUUCAGGAGUUUUUGAUUCACUUCAACAAUCAAUACGUUUUCGAGCUUAUUCUAAUCUUAUGAUUCAAUGCUAUAAUAAUUUAAGACAAAAUCGCACUUUCAAAACUUUGUCGAAGUAUCGUGCAUAUUUGGUUCGAACUACCAUGGUUUAUUUGAAAGAUAAUCAAUAUACGAUGUCUCUGAGUUAUUCUCAAAGUCAUCAUCCUUGGUUGUACUCUUUACCGUAUUUUUCAAACGAAUAUCUUCAACUGUAUAUCCCUUCGAAAGGAUAUUAUCUCAAGGAAUUGAUUGAUUUCCAUCCUACAUCGCGUACUUUUGAUUCUGGUUUAUUCAGUGUUGUCAAACACUCUCUAAUAUUCCCUUCCUCAAUUAAAAACAUUGUCGUGAAUAAUAAAAAUUAUCAGCAUAAACGGAGUGAGAAGAAUCAAAGGAAUUUUACAAGCAGAGAGAUUUCUGACAGUUCUUCGAUUGCUUAUACUCCAACCUGGUGUCAAGAGGACUACGAUGACCAGGUUAUGAUACAUGGCUUGAUUGGUGAAGGCUUGAUUCUAUUGGAUGAACUAAAUGAAAAUCCGAAUGAGGAAGUAUUAAGCAGCCUGUACUAUCUUCUUCGUGCUUUGCGUGUUGUCUUCGAAACAAAACAAGUUAGUUUUUUCACUUAUCAUUCUAGUGUGAAACGUGAUUAUUCCGGUUGGAGAUUGGAUGUAAAUGAAAUUUCACCAGAUUUAUCCACAUCAUUGGAGCGUUUUUUGGCCAAAUUUUAUUCAAUCUACCCAUUACAAUUAUCUCCUGAUUCUUCAUUACUUAUGUACAUAAAGUGUAAUAAACAAAAGUCACAAAAAAUUAAAAAUAAUCAAAUUGGAAGUGCUGCAUUUCUUUUAAACUCAUCCAAUGGACAAAAAUCAGUUAAUUUAACUAGAAAACAAUUUAAGCAAGAACGUAAACGUAGAAAUAAACAAUUGAAACGUCAGUUGAAAAAUGCUAUUAUUUCUGGUGUUACUGAUGAUAAUAACAAUAAUAAUAAUACUGACAACGUUGAUGAUCAUAGUGAUUCAACUGUUGUCGACUAUGAUCAUUCAACUUCAACAACUAAUUCCAAUGAUUAUUCUACAAAUAAUACGUUCAAUUCUAUCCGAAGAAUUAAUAAUCCCUCUACAAAGGGUAACCUGAAUAAUCAAAUAUUGUUUUGGAUUCAACUAAUCAAUCAAUCAGCUUUUGAACUAUUUACUUACAUUGAAUAUUAUUCAUUUAGAUGCUCAACAGCAAAUCAUCACUCUCCAUUUCUAUGGCCACCACCAGAGAAUACUCAAGAGCGUUUAAUCAGGUUGUGGUUUAACCAGUUAUCAUGUUUUGAUCUAUCUAACGCGACAACAGAGUUUUACUAUGAAACCAGCUGUUGGUUACGUUCAUUUGAUUUGUAUUUGCUGUCACCUUACCGUUUUAAAUGGAAUGUAGAUAUAUCAACGCGAUUGUUUGUUUCACCAGUGAUAGUUUUCUUGGGGCAACUUUUCCAUCUAUUCGCUAUUAAUAAUUCUGUUAAUGGUGAUAAAUCCCUUAGUAAAAGAGAACAUUAUUUAACUGGUCGUUGUGCUGGUCUAUUAACUACUGUCUUAACAAGAGAAUUACUUCGUCUUAAUGAACAAAAACCUGAAUCAGAGAAAAAUUUAAAUGAUGAUGAUGAUGAUGAUGUGUCGGUUGGUAUGGAUGUUGAAUUCAAUUCUCAUGGAGUGGAAUACAAUGAAAUGUGGUUAUGGAACAAAUUACGUAAUAAUCUGUCAGAUGAAAGAAUUAAAUCUCUGCAUGGAUCAAUAUUUCCCACUUUCAUAAAUUAUUUAGUUCAAUUUUCAUUGAAUCAAUCUCCACGUAUUUGUUAUGCUCCCCCAUUAACUGAAGAAACAGUAAAUAUUAUACGAAAUCAAUAUCCUAGUUGUAAUAUUUCCAUUGGUAAUCUUAAACAAAUACAAAUUGUAGAUAGUACUUGGACAGCUUGUCUUCUUCAACUCUAUCAUGUCAAAUAUUCACUUGCUGUAAAAUAUGUUCGUGAGAAUAAAGAAUUAUGUACAAAAUUACAUCUCACUGAAACAUACUUGGAUAAUUUCACUAUGUUGAGUGUUUUAAAUGAAAAACUAAACGUUCAAUAUGAUACACAACUUUUGAAAGAUCAAACUGGUUGGCUUGUUCCUGGAUUUCUACCAAGAAUCACAGAUGGUCGGUAUACAUGCCCAGUUUUUUGGCGUCCAUUAAAAGAUAAUCGGAACAAAAUAUUGCCUUUAUUGUGA